CAGAAUACAGACAUGGAACACACUUAAAGGAUCAAGAUGGAAGCUAGGAAAAGUACUCCAUCAAAAUCUUAUAAACUUUUCUAUCAAGUGUACCCUCUUUUGCUGCUUCUUCUUCCAUUGAUCUUAAAAUCUGUUUCUGCAGUCCCAUAUAAAAUUCCAAGGCUCACUCCACAUAUAAGAACAAUCUUAAGAAACCCUGAUAGUAAUUUAUCUUCUUCUUUCCUUUCGAAGGAUUUCAAAACAUAUUUUUACACGCAAAUUCUUGAUCACUUCAACUAUGGACCCCAAAGUUAUGCCACCUUCAAACAAAGAUAUAUAAUCAAUUUCAAAUACUGGGGUGGUGGAAAUUCAAGCUCUCCAAUCUUCGCAUAUCUUGGUGCAGAAGCACCAUUGGAUGAAGAUCUACAAAGUGUUGGUUAUCUAACUGCAAAUGCCCCUCAUUUCAAGGCUCUUCAAGUAUAUAUAGAGCAUCGGUAUUAUGGAAAAUCAAUCCCAUUCGGAUCAAUGGAAGAAGCCAUGAAAAAUGAGAGCAUUAGAGGAUAUUUCAACUCAGCCCAAGCUAUAGCUGAUUAUGCAGAGGUGCUAUUGCACAUAAAGGAAAAGCUUUCGGCUCAGGAUUCUCCCAUAAUUGUGAUUGGAGGAUCAUAUGGAGGAAUGCUGGCUUCAUGGUUUAGGCUCAAGUAUCCACACAUUGCUAUCGGUGCUUUAGCUUCAUCAGCCCCUGUUCUUUACUUCGAUGAUAUAACUCCACAAAAUGGAUAUUACUCAAAAGUAACCAAGGAUUUUGAGGUAUUAAUAAACUAUACUUGUAGUGAGAUGGUGAUGCCCAUUGGAAGAGGACAAAAUGAUACAAUGUUUCCACCUUCACGUUUCGACUUGCAUCAAUUUAUCGCAGACUGCAAGGACUUAUAUGGUGUCCCACCUCGACCCCAUUGGGUUACAACUUAUUUUGGAGGCCACGAUAUUAAAUUGAUUUUACGAAGAUUUGCAAGCAAUAUAAUUUUCUCCAAUGGUUUAAGAGAUCCAUACAGUACUGGAGGGGUUCUUGAGGACAUAUUGAAAAGUGUCAUUGCUGUCACUACUGUUAAUGGGUCUCAUUGUUUGGACAUACUUCAACCCCAAAAAAGUGAUCCGAGCUGGUUAGUCAAGCAAAGGAAAAAAGAGGCUGAAAUUAUUGAUGGAUGGAUGGCAAAGUAUUAUGCUGAUCUUUUGACCUUAAAAAAAUAAAACGAAAGAGAGAGACCAACUAUAUGUCGUGCUCCCAUUGAAAAUUAGUAGACAAAAAUUCAAGUGAAUAAAAAUCCUAUUUUUAAUAUAAAAAGUUAGAAUAUAAAGUUUCGUUAUGUAGUGAGUUUGAUCGAUUUCCAAGCAAUUUGGUAAUAGAUUAAAUUCCUUUUUACGUAGAAAAGAUGACCUAAAACUGAUGGCUAGUAAUUAAUAAUAUAUGUUACAAAAAAAAAAAAGUUAAUAAUAAAUACAACGCAAUAUUUAUACUUUAUCAAAGUUACCUAACUCAAGAUAACUUCCUACUAUUUAGUUUUUAAAGAUUAGUGGCCAACGGUGAACAUUGUGAAAAGUAUAGUGGUUAUUAAUGUAUUUAAUCCACCAUCAGUGUUUUGACUUUU